AUGGCUCGGAAGCGCCACAGGGAUGAAGAAGUGGAAGUGCCAUCGUCUUUGGAGGUGGAAGAGUGCGUCAACCUGACGCCGAAGUUGCACGAGUGGAGGUGGGCAGAUGCCGAUCAGUUCGCCUCUCCCCGACUGCGCGUUGUUCCAGAUGUCCAGCUUCUGAAGACGCUCAGGAAAGGCCAGGCUGCACGACUGCAGCGGCCACGGCAGGCUCUCGCACUGUGUGGGUUCUGCUCGGAGGCGUUGGUAGCCGUCCAGGAUGGCUGCAGCUUGCGCCGCCUCUCCUUCGAGCUCUCCACACCGGAGCUGCAGGAAGGGCCCAUGAGGCCGGACAUGAAGACUUCGAGCUGCAUCCGACAGGAGGCGCACGGGAACUCCGAGCGGGGGGCCCGGCCCAACUGCAGCGGGGAACAGAACGCUCGCGGCGACCGCUCGCGAUUCCUCGAUCCCAGGCACUUGGAUCCGCGCAGCGCGCUCAUCGCUCGGAAGUUUGACAGCCCCGUGGUGGAGAUGCGCACGCGCAAGGACUUGGAUGGUGUGUGGGUUCGCUGUGCCGAAGGGCUCCAUCUUGUGACACCAGCUGGUGGUGACUGCGACUGCGCAGUGCGGGCGAGCUACGACAGCGGCUACGACGUGCGCCAGGUCUGUUUGCAGCCCUUCUCGCAUGAGCAGGUGGCUCUGAUCUCCCUGGCGGGCGUCCACGUCCUCGCGGCCGACCUCGCAGCCGAGGUCAGCGUGCUGAAUCUCUACGAAGACUCGCCUCCCAACUUCGCCUCGCGCCUCGUGCCAACUGCCAACGGUGCCUGUGGUGCUUGGCUAAGCCGCGGUGCGCUGCUGCUGGGUUCCGGGACCUCGCUCCAUCUCCUGGACCUCUACUCGGGUGAGACUCAGAUGAUGUGGAAGACUUCUGCCUGCGCCAGCGAGUUCAUGAAUUUCGGUGACCUGGCGAUCAAUCCCUUCCGUCCCCACCAGUUCGCAGCAACACAGUGCGGGCCCUGCCACGUGCUGUUGAUGUUCGACAUCAGGAACACCACUCGGCCUUUCGGGCAGCUCAUGCUCCCGGACGGUGCUGCGCUGGCCAGGGACCGCGGCCCACUGAAGAACCGCUUCUUCCAGCUGCAGUUCUCGAGCACCGGCAGUGAACGCUGGCUGACUGCCGCCUGCUUGGGCGGACGCGGCCUCGUCGGUCUCAGCUGGGCGGAGAGCGAUGACAUCACGCAGAGCCUGUACUCCACGCAGAUGGCGCUGGAGGGCCCCGGAAUCUGCGCUGGGUCUCUUGUUCCGACUGCUUCGGCUGACGGCAGACACGGCUCGGCUUUGCUGGCCUUCAUGGACGAUGGCGAGGCCCUGCGGGGCUGCUGGCUUCAGGCUCCAGGAGCUGCUCAGCAAGCGAGGCCGGAGGAGCGCAGAACUGGGGCCCUGAGGGCACUGGCCUCCGCCGGCCCCCCCCGGCGGGCCGUCUGGGAGGCGCCACAGGAGAAAUCUUUGGACAUGGCUCAAGUGGAGAGCUGCUUGCGCUGGAUCGAGUCCGAGAGCACAGCUCUCUGUGCCGUGCUCGACCGAUGCGGGCUGGUCUGCUUCCAGCCUCCGCCAGAUCCGGAGCCCGAGGGCCUCGACGCGCUCUGGCGCCGGAAGCACGCCGUGCAAGAGGGCGAUUACGACACGGACUUUCUGGAGAAGGAUCCAGGCCUGGGACAGCCUGAAGAGCCGCAGGAAGAAGCGGUGGCCGACGCCUUGGCAGCGGGGCAGCCGGAGCUUGCGGCGCACUUGCCGGUCACGAGGCGUGCACGUCAAGCGCUGGCAUAUCUGAAUGCUGCAUCGCUGCCCUUGGGAUGGACCUUCCGUGAGACGGCAUGCUUCGUCGGGGUCCAGGAUGUCUCCGAACUGUCACGGCUUGCUCAUGCCCACAGCACCAGGAGACUCCUUCCACCCGAUGAGUGUACGCGAAUGAGUGUCCAGGUGAUUCUGCGGGCCUUGGCGCGAGUGGGGGUCCUCCGAUGCGCGACGCCCUGGGAAGUCGAGGAGACGUCAGAAUACAACCCGGAGGCCUACAUAUCUGCGGUUUCCGCGCCUCACGAGCAGCUCAUGGAAGCGGAUAUGUUGGUGCGCGGGGAAGCUGCUGCCUUACACCCUCAGGUUCGAUUCCUGAGCCGCCGCCUAGGUGCACGAGAUCAAGCGUCUUUGGCAUCUCAAGAACCGGGUGAUGCCAUGCAGGCAAUGUUGCUGAAGCUGCUGUGCCUCGAUGGCCCUGACCUCGGCUGGACGCAGCCGAUCCGAUUUCCUGGGGCCCAGCCUGGACCCAGCUUCGGGGAAGCGGCACCGUUUUCGGUCACAGACCCAGACGAAUGGGCAAAGGUCGUGCAGAAGGCAAAGAGUAGCCAGGAGGUGGGGCAAGCUGUUUGGCAACGCAUCGUGGGAUGCCUAGCGACGCAGGACAUCGGCCAACUGGCCGUGUGGCUACGGCGCGAGAAGCGCCUGCGCUUCCAGACUGCUGGUGGCCAGCAAAUCAUGCGCAUCAAGGAGCCUUCCAAGAAGAGCAAGGUGGAGUUGCUCCUCGUCUCGAGCGCCAGAUUCGAGCUUGGUUCCGGCGUGCGCUUGCCGCUGCCUAUCGCAAUGUCAGGGGCGAUGGACCAGGCUGCAGACGCAUCGAGAGCGAAGGGGGCCUGGCGUGAGCCCGGGGUGUGGCCAGAGUCUUUGCUGCAAUAUGCUGCAAGCCAUCCUCGCGCUUUCCAAGCUCGCAGCUUCUUUUCCAUGAAGGGUCUGGCUGCCGUUCCGUUUGCGGCACUCCAAAGCGAUGCCCUUUAUCAGACUGUUCGCAUCAGCCGUCAGCCUGUAAACAACUUUCGAAGUGCCAUGACGGCCUCGACUGCGCGAGACUCGAAGAUGGACGUCGAGCUGGCGGAGAGGGCCCUGCGGGAGCUGCAGAGGGAGAACGCGGCGCUCCGGGCCGAGGUCCGCAGCCUCGGCGCGCGCGUCGCGGCCCUGGAGGGGGAGGAAGAGGUGCCAGUUCAGAUGGGCGAAAACGCUUGGAACAUCUUGGCGGUGGUGGGCCUGACGGAUGCUGGAAUGUGGGAUGUUUCCUUUUCUUUGCUGCUUUACCUCGGGAACAUCAUGAUGCAGGGCACCUUCAUCGGAAUUCUGCUCGGCAACAGCUUUUUGGGCGAUCCCUUCGACACCAACGUGGAGAACACUCGCGUCUGGCGGAACAAGAUCGCUCACUCCUACCAGUACGUGGACCUCGCGGAGACGAGUCUCGUGACUCGCGUUUGCGAUGAAGACUCGUCCCUCAUCCACGCCUCCUCCCAGGCGAAGCUGUUGUCCGACAUCAACAAAUACCUGGGAUUGCAGAAGGCCGCUUUUGCGGCCACCCUGGAGCAACCAGGCGUGACACUUUGCAUGUUGUGCAUGGCUCUAUGGAGCCUCUGUGUCUUCAUCGAACUCCGCGACAUCUGGCUGCACCUGCAGGCCAUGAUGCAGGUGCCCCGAGCAGAACGCACAGAGUUGCGCAAGGGAACCUUCGUAAGCGUCUCCGUGAACCGCUUUAGACUCUUCCUCGCGUCUUCUCUACUCCGCGCUGGGCUCGCAAUUGCGCUGCUGGUGGCCGGCUUGCAGUGGCUGGGCGGCACCACUUCCAUCGCCGACCUGAUAUUGAAUGCCGUAGCCCUGAAUGCCAUCUUGGACAUCGAUGACUUCGUUUUCCAGGCGGUGAUGCCUACGAAGAUUCAGCUGGCACUCCGAGGUCUGGAGCCGAUACCUCUUCGCUACACGCCCCACCGGAGCCAGGUGGAGUCCGCUUUUCAUUUCCUGGCCUUGGUCUUGAUGCUCUUGAUCCCCUACACGGUGCUGGUGGUCCCCCUGAGCCAUCACAUGCUCGAGGUCAAGAGGGAGAUGUGCUUCGGCAUCCAGAACUUCGUCGUGGCUUACAAUUCUGAUGUCGGCAUGACAUACGGGCUCAUGUCUCGUGGCGCCGGGGACACGCACGAUACCUUGGCCGAGCUGGCCGUUGAAAGCUACAAGUUCAGAAUGAACAAUCCCUGGAGCGCAAACAACGGAGCCGACCCGCCUGCGCCAAAAUACAUGCAGCUUAGUCUGGAAAUUCAGCAGUUCGAGUUUGGUCGCAUCCGGAAAAUGGCUGACGAGGCGGAGUACUUCCCGGUAUGUUGGGAGAAAGACGUCGAUCCAAACGACAAGUCAGACGCCUCCAUAUCCAGCUUGAGUGCCAUUGCGCGCGGCAGAAUGAACGCCGCAGCUUUCGAGCUCAAUAGCAAGGCCACCACCUGCAAGGAGCUGCAAGAGUCGUGCUAUCUUCCGCAUGCACGAAUGCUGCGGCUUAUGUGCGGCGAGACAUGUGGAUGCACAGAUGCGAUGUCGUCUCCAUGGUACAAAGUCCAAGCAGAGGGCUGCGCUGGAAGGUGUCUCGCCGAACGGACCGUGCAGAUUAAGGAUCUGCCGUGCCAAGACUUCCCGCAAGCGAGUGCACAAGACGGCUGGAAUCACUUCUGGGACAACUUGGACGAUGUCUUUGUCGAGUUCUUCGGGCCGCUCCGAAUGCCCUACGACAGAAAAGACCUUGAAAAACUCGCAUUGAUCAAAGCCGGAGGCUGCCCAAAGCUGAAAGCGAAUCCGAUCGAUAAACUAACAGGAGAGAGCCUCUGCGAGGGAAUGGCCGAGUUGUUCGGCCCUCUCGCCUACCUCUGCCCGGACUUCUUUCGGGAGACAUGGCCGCAGAUGCAGGAGGUGCUGGAUUCUAUUCUCGCUGCUUCGGACAAGCCGCUUGAAGCGUUGGCGGAGCUGACAGUCCCAUCUGAUGAGACAGCUUUGCCCGCCAGGGCUUCUUGUUCACGCAGACGCUUCAAGCGCCGGAAGCUGGCUGAAACUGAAAGCAUCCUCCGGUGCACAGCAGGGCAUCCCCCCGCCGCGCCGCAGCCUCGGCCGCCCAUCCGCGUCCCCUUCUCGGCUGCGCUGAAAGUGGAGACGGACGGCGAUGCCCGCGACGAUGCCACCCCGGCGAAAACGGAGGAAAACAGGAUCACGAGCCCGAAAAUCCCAAGAAGACUCCCUAAAACUUCAGUGCGCAAAAGUUGCUUUCUGCCACUCUUCCGUUUCCCUCCCUAG